GAAAAUGUGUUUGAUCAGCAGAUAGCAGGUAUUGAUCAGGAGGAACUAUGCGUCUGUUUUAGGAGUCAGUGGAUUUGAUACGUGCGCCAGUCAUGGACGCUUCGCUGUGUGUGCUGUGCCAGUAUUUGUUCUCGCCUGCAAACAUUGUGGGUUUGAUUGCGUUUGUGCUUGUUUUCUAUGUGCUGCAACAGUAUGAAAGGCGUCAAAGAUACGCGAACAUCCCUCCGGGUCCAAAGCCAUGGCCAAUCGUGGGCAACUUCGGGGGCUUUCUUGUGCCUUCGUUUAUUUUAAGACGACGCAAAGAGUUUGCAAAGAGCUCUAAUCCGUUGUCACCUCAGGCUGGACUCAUGGAGAUGUCCAAACUCUAUGGGAACAUAUUCAGCAUUUUUGUUGGGCCUCAGCUCAUGGUCGUGCUGCAUGGAUAUGAGACUGUCCGGGACGCGAUGUUAAAUUAUCCGGAGGUCUUCUCUGACAGACCGCAUAUACCUCUCGUAACUAUUAUCACCAAGAGAAAAGGGAUUGUGUUUGCACCCUAUGGCCCAUUGUGGAAGACAAACCGUAAGUUCUGUCACAGCACUUUACGCAGCUUUGGCUUUGGCAAGCUGAGUCUGGAGCCGUGCAUCCAUGAAGGCCUGACCGUGAUUAAAACAGAACUGCAGAGCCUCAUCGAAAAAGCAGAGCCUUCUGGUAUCGAUCUGACUCCCCUCAUCAGCAGUGCUGUCUCCAACGUCAUCUCCUCCAUGAGUCUGGGUCAGCGUUUCCAUCACCAGGACCAGGAGUUCCGGACCAUGCUGAAUCUCAUGUCUCACGGGCUGGAGAUUAGCGUCAACACAUCCAUUUUGUUGGUCAACGUCUUUCCCUGGCUCUACUACCUGCCCUGCGGCGUUUUCAAGGAGCUGCGGCGCGCAGAGAUCGACAUCACAGCCUUCCUAAAGAAGAUUAUAGCGAAGCACAGGGCCACGCUGGAUCCGGAGAAUCCCAGGGAUUUCAUAGACAUGUAUCUAGUGGAGAUGCUGGCCAAGCAAAAGGGAGAUAAUUCAGAAGAGAGCUUGUUCUCAGAGGACGAUCUCUUCUACAUUAUAGGGGACCUCUUUAUUGCAGGCACCGAUACUACCACAAAUAGCAUGCUGUGGAGUAUUCUCUACAUGUCCUUGUAUCCUGAUGUGCAAGAGAAAGUUCAGCAGGAGAUUGAUGCCGUGGUGGGAUCUGAGAGAGUCCCAUCUCUGACUGAUAAGGGCAGUUUGCCGUACACAGAAGCCACCAUUAUGGAGGUGCUGAGGAUGACUGUAGUAGUUCCUCUCUCCAUACCUCACAUGGCCUCUGAAACCACAGAAUUCAGAGGAUAUACUAUUCCUAAAGGAACAGUUAUCAUCCCAAACCUCUGGUCAGUACACAGGGAUCCCACUGUGUGGGAAAAUCCUGAUGACUUCAAUCCAGGCCGAUUUCUGGAUGAACAAGGAAAACUUCUCAGGAAAGAUUGUUUUAUUCCAUUUGGAAUAGGUCGCAGGGUGUGCAUGGGUGAGCAGCUGGCUAAGAUGGAGCUGUUUCUGAUGUUCACAAGCCUGAUGCAGGCCUUCACUUUCAGGCUUCCCGAGGGUAAAUCUGCUCCAUCCAUGCACGGACGCUUUGGCCUGACUCUGGCUCCAUGCCCAUUUACUGUCUGCGUGAAGGCACGCUGAACAGGCUUUAAAAAAAUGUCAUUCCUCGAACAAUGAGACAUGACUGGGAAGCAAAUUGCACGUGCUGUCCAUUAUUUGGACCAUAAAAUGAAGUAAGGACCUUUGCGGUUGCAUGAUUAUUUUAGGUAAAAUUUUCUUGAACAAUUUCAAGAAAUAAGAACACAUACCUAAGUAUUAUGUCAGCAUAUUUCAGUUUUAGAAUUACAUUUAUUUUAAAAUAUUCAUUAAUUUUUUAAAGUUUUGAGAUUAUUUUAUAUGAAAUGUUCCUGAACAAUUUCAAGAAGUAAGAACACACACCUAAGUAUGAUAUCAGCAUAUUAUUACAUUUAUUUUAAAAUAUUUGUUUCACAAUCUGUGAACUCCACACAGGCUGUACUGUGUGUGUGUUUUUUUAUUUUUUUUUCGAAAUGAUUACUUAGUUACUGUACUGUACUAUGAGACUGUUAUUAUUAUACAUUUUUGAGCAAUUAUUACAGAAAAGUCGUUGUUAAAACAUGAAUGGGUGGGAUAAAAAGCUCUUUUAACACAACAACUAAUUUAUUUCAUUUGCCUAUUAACAAUGUUCAGUGUAACAAUGGACAUACAUAUGUAUUUUUUAUGUAUUUUAUUUUUUUCUUUCUAAAAGUUAUGAAUGCUUUCAG